AUGGCUAAAUUUGUCGAACCUCUACAGGUUCUGUUCAUAGUUCUACGGGUUUCUUGGUUAUUUCCAGUUAUGGUCUCAGGUCGACCAAGGAAGGAGGAAGCUAUGAAAAAUUCAAAUACAUCUACACCUGUGUCACUUGGACAGAAAAGACCGAUUGGUCGGCCAAGAAAGAAUGUAGAUGUUAAAACUUCAAGCACAACAUUUGAAUUGAAGGAAGAUGUCCUGGUUUCAAACUCAACAUCUCAACUCAUGUCAACUCCUCAAAAAAGACCUGUAGGCCGUCCAAGAAAGGUGCAUACAAAUUCAAUAAGUGCCAGUGAAACAAUAAUUAGAGGACAAGCCAGACCUCUUAUCGUAAAGACAGCUACACCAUGUAAUAAUACUUAUAUUCACGCAAAUGGCCACCUUCGUCCUUUAUUGCCUAGGCUGCCUUCGUUUUCAUGUAAUAAUGUCACAAACGAAUUGUGCAUUCAUCUUCUAAUAGUAAGAAUGAUAUGA